GCUCUGUCUAUGAUGACCAGCCAAAUGCCCACCAAAGAUUUAUGGAAAAACUGGACACCCGGAUUCGUAAUCAUGACCGGGAAAUUGAAAAAAUGUGCAAUUUUCACCAUCAGGGAUUUGUAGAUGCAAUUAAUGAACUUUUAAAAGUGAGGGCUGAUGCUGAAAAACUUAAGGUCCAGGUUACUGAUACCAACCGAAGAUUUCAGGAAGCUGGGAAGGAGGUCAUUGCUAAGACAGAAGAUAUCAUAAGAUGCAGAAUACAGCAGAGAAAUAUUGCAACUGUAGUUGAUAGGCUGCAGUUGUGCCUUCCGGCCUUAGAAAUGUACAGUAAGCUAAAGGAACAGAUAAAUGGGAAAAGGUAUUACUCUGCUCUAAAGACAAUGGACCAACUAGAACACGUUUACCUCCCCAAAGUCUCCCAGUAUCGUUUCUGCCAGAUUAUGGCAGAGAACCUCCCCAAGUUACGAGAAGAGAUCAAGGAUAUCUCCAUGUCUGGUCUGAAAGACUUCCUAGAGAGUAUCAGGAAACACUCUGACAAAAUAGGAGAGACUGCAAUGAAGCAAGCACAACAGCAGAAAACAUUCCAUGCCGCUCUACACAGACAAACCAAUGUCUCCUAUAGAAAGCCUAUGUACAUCAUUAAUGGCCAUGGUUCUGAAGAUGAAAAUGGACUGAAAUCAAAAAGUCCAAUGCUGGAAGAUGAAGAAACCGAAGAAGAGCAGGUCCUAAGUGUUCAGGAUUUGGUUGACUUCACACCUGUGUAUCGAUGUCUUCACAUCUACUCCGUUUUAGGUGAUAAAGAAGUAUUUGAAAACUACUACAGAAAGCAAAGAAAAAAACAAGCUCGAUUAGUUCUCCAGCCCCAGUCAAACAUGCAUGAGACAGUUGAGGGCUACAGAAAAUAUUUCAGCCAGAUUGUGGGAUUUUUUGUUGUGGAAGAUCACAUUUUGCACGUGACUCAAGGUCUGGUAACGGGGACCUAUACCACAGAGCUGUGGACCAUGGCACAGUCAAAGAUCAUAGCUGCCCUACGCACACAUUCAUCAUACUGCACUGACCCAGAUCUGGUUUUGGAGCUGAAGAAUCUGAUCGUGGUGUUCGCUGACACUCUACAGGGAUAUGGAUUUCCUGUAAAUCGAUUGUUCGAUCUUUUAUAUGAAGUCAGAGACAAAUAUAAUGAAACUCUACUGAAAAAAUGGGCUGGGUGUUCAGGGACAUUUUCGAGGCCGACAACUACAGCCCAAUCCCAGUAGCUAAUGAAGAAGAGUACAGAGCUGUAGUCAGCAAAUUUCCUUUUCAGGAUCCUGAAGGUGACAAGCUAUCCUUUCCAAAGAAGCUCCCCAUGUCCCAGUCAGUACCACAGAUUUAUAUGCAAGUCAAAGAGUUUAUUUAUGCAAGCCUUAAAUUUUCUGAAUCACUUCAUCGAAGCUCGACAGAAAUUGAUGAUAUGCUUAGGAAAUCUACCAACCUACUUCUCACAAGAACCUUAAACAACGGAUUGCAAAACCUUAUCAAAAAGCCUCAUAUAGGUCUGACUGAGCUUGUGCAGAUCAUCAUAAACACCACACACCUGGAACAAGCCUGUAAAUACCUGGAGGAUUUUAUUACCAAUAUUACAAAUAUUUCACCCGAGACUGUUCACACUACAAGACUUUAUGGCCUGUCCACUUUCAAGGAUGCAAGGCAUGCCGCUGAAGAGGAAAUAUACACCAAACUCAACCAAAAAAUUGAUGAAUUCAUCCAGCUUGCAGACUAUGACUGGACAAUGGCGGAGCCAGAUGGAAGGGCCAGCGGGUAUCUAAUGGAUCUGAUUAAUUUUUUACGAAGCACAUUUCAAGUUUUUACUAACUUGCCUAGUAACAACAAUGACCAUGGAGCUAUGUCGGGAAAAGUUGCACAAACAGCUUGUAUGUCAGCCUGCAAACACCUUUCCACAUCACUAACACAGAUGCUUCUGGACAGUGAACUCAAACAGAUCAGCAUGGGCGCCAUCCAGCAAUUCAACCUUGAUGUCAUCCAGUGUGAAUUGUUCGCCAGUUCUGAUCCUGUUCCAGGAUUCCAGGAGGACACCCUGCAAUUGGCUUUCCUUGACCUCAGACAAGUAAGACAAGUGUCUUUCUUUUUAUUUUACACAUUUU